AUGGCUUCGGAAGUCAGUUCACACGAGAUGAAGACGGCAAGAGCGCCUCCAUCACCACCAGCAAACGUUUUCUACAAUUUCAUCGUUACACAUUUGUGUAUUCCAUCUAUCCGGAAAUUCUUUGCCACCUUCCUGGCCAAAUCCAGUGAAAGACUCUUAUUGCAAAUUCCAUCAGUGAACUUCGAUUCUGAGUUUGGCAAUAUCGCAGAAACUAACAAUAACAAUGCACCAUCAAAACCAGUUCUCCUUACUAUCCACAACCCAAUCCACUUCUGUUGGCUAAUGCUUCUGGAUCCAAAGAUGGGACUUGGAGAGACUUACAUGGCUGAUGACUGGUCGUGUUCUCCAAAUCCAACUGAAUUUCUUCGUCUUCUGAUUCGCAGCAAAAAGCAAACACAAGCAGCGUACAAGGCUCAACAUGGGGACAAACCAAGAACCAAAUCUUUCGGAUCUCAAGUCUCGCAAUUUGCCAUUAAUAUUGUUCGCAAGAUUGCUAAAGUUGUCAACUACAUUCAGCAUUGGCUACAAGAGAAUACUCUCACUCAAAGUACCAAGAACAUCCAGGCUCACUACGACCUCGGAAACGACAUGUUCAAGUUGUUUUUGGAUAAGUCAAUGACAUACUCUUGUGCUCUUUUCGAUGCUGAGAAGCCAGUCACGGAUGUCGAUUUUGUUGAACUGGAAAAAGCUCAGUACAAGAAGAUCGAUCGUCUGAUUGAUCAACUAGAAUUGAAAGCCGAAGAUCACGUUCUUGAAAUCGGAUGUGGUUGGGGAGCUGCUGCUAUUCGUGCCGUUCAGCGUACUGGAUGCAAAUGGACUGGAAUCACCAUCUCCAGGGAACAGCUAGAAUGGGGACAAAGAAAGGUUGUAGAGGCUGGACUCGAGGGAAGAAUCGAGCUUCGAUUCCAGGAUUACAGAUUAGUGAAAGAAAAAUACACUCGUGUCGUGUCCAUUGAAAUGAUUGAAGCAGUUGGAGAGAAAUAUCUUCCACAGUAUUUCCAAAUCAUCAACGAUGUUCUCACUGCUGGAGGAAUCGCAGCUCUUCAGGCCAUCACUUGUCCAGACGCCUAUUACGACCAGUACCGUUCUUCUUCUGAUUUCAUUAAGAAGUAUAUCUUCCCUGGAGGUCAUUUGCCAUCUCUGGGUGCCAUUUCUCAAUCUCUUCCAAAGACCUUGAAACAGACUGAUCUAUUUAGCAUGGGUCAUCAUUAUUCAAUGACAUUGGAACAUUGGUUCUUUGCCUGGAUGAAAGCCAAAGAAGAGAUUGAGACAAAGUUCAAGCUGCCAGAUGAUUUCCAUCGCAGAUGGCAAUUCUACUUCUGCCUAUGCGCUGCUCUCUUCUCCUACGACCACAUUGAUGUCGUUCAACUGACAUUCAAGAAGGACAAGACUAACUGA